ACAAAGCUGGUUAAGUUGUUUUAUGAGUAAUCAUAUCAAUUACUUAUAUCAAACUAAUUGAAAUAAACUAUAGACAGGGAAAUAUAUAAAUGCAUAUAGAUUAUAUAACGACAUUGGGAGAAGAAUAGAUCAAGUGAUAGAUUUCUUAAAUAGUUGAAUGAGAUAAGGCAAGGCCUCGAUUUUCGUUUUUAAAGGCAACUGAGAAGAGAGAAAAAGGAAUAAGCAGUUACAAUUAUAUAACCGAAAGAAGGAGAGAGACCAUGUCGGUAAAAGAAUUAUUUCGUUGUAUCGGUAGAACGGAAGACGAGAAAAGAGACAAGAUGAUAUCGAAACAAUUAAAGAAAGCUGACAAAAGAGAAAAAAGCAUUAUAAAAAUUCUUUUAUUAGGUAUUGCUGAAUCAGGAAAAAGUACAAUAACUAAACAAAUGAAAAUUAUACAUAUAAAUGGAUAUAGUGAAGAGGAAAGAAGACAAAAUGUAUUGUGGAUAAGAAAAAACCUUAGAGAUUCUAUAUUGACAAUUCUUGGUGCUAUGAAACGUUUAGAUAUAAAAUUGGAAGAUGAAAAAUUAGAGGAGAGUAGUAAUUAUCUUUUAACUAAAUGUAUUGAAGAUUCAUCUGAAUAUCCAGACGAGUUCUACGAUCACACAUCGAACUUAUGGUCGGAUAAGGGAGUAUUAAAGUGCUAUAAGAGAAGUGCCGAGUAUCAGUUAAUCGAUUGCGCGAAAUAUUUCCUCGAUAAGAUACACGUUAUAAGGAGGGAGGAUUAUCUACCAACCGAACAGGAUAUCCUCCAUUGCAGAACUUUAACGAAUACAAUACAAAAAAUUGAAUUUACAAUAACCGAAAACAAGUUCAAAAUUCCAUUUCACGUCUUUGAUGUAGGUGGACAGAGGGGAGAACGAAAGAAAUGGAUUCAAAUGUUUGAUUCAGCAACCGCAAUUCUAUUCGUAUUAGAUUCGUCAACUUUCGAUGUUAACGUUAGAGAUGAUUUCGAAUCAAAUAGAUUACUUGAAGCGACAGGUGUAUUUGAACAUAUAUGGAAUUGUAGAUUUUUAAAAGAUGUCUCUAUUCUACUCUUUAUAAAUAAAAUCGAUCUAUUAGUAGAAAAGAUAAUGUCUGGAAGUAGUUCAAUUGAAAGUCUACUUAAAACAGUUCCAACCUCUCAUAAGUAUUAUCCUCUCUACGAAAAAAUGUAUAAAUCAUUCAACGAUAUAACAGACGGCGAGAGAAAAUAUUUUGUUGAUUCUUUAUCAAUGUGUAAAACAACUACGAAAACAAUUAUAACAAAAAAAGGAAAGAAACAAUGCAUACAACCAAAAGUAUCUGAAGAGGUUAUAAAAACAGCAGUUUUCAUUAAAAGAGUGUUUAUGGAAAUAGCAGUAUCCUCAAAAAAGACUAAAACUGGAAGAGACUUGCAUAAGGAUCACGAUUGCCAAUACUUUUAUACUUGCGCAGUUGAUACUAAAAAUAUAGAGAAAGUUUUAGAGGGUGUAAGAAGUAUAUUAACAAAAAAUGCUCUCAGGAAGAUAUGUAUAAUAUAAACAAUGUAUAUAACUCUCUCUCUCUCUUUGUCUUUCUCUUCCUUUCUCGUAAAAUUAAUUUCAUAUCUGCAUUUAUAUUACUACUGUAAAUUCUUCUUUUUUUUAAUACAAAC